AUGCCUAUUCGAGAUUAUCUACAUAAUCGAACAACUAAAAGAAAAUGUCGUCUCAAUGGCAUUCUACCGUCGAAAUGUAAGCCUCACAAAGCAAAAUUACAACAACGUUUUUCCGAUCAUAUGCUCUUCAGUGGUUCACAGCUUCCGCGCAAAGUUAAUCUUCGUUACCAAAUGGCACCUAUCGAAGAUCAAUCAAAUAUUGGCAGUUGUGUCGCGAAUUCCUUUGCUGGAGCUUAUGAAUAUUUAUUAAAGAAAACCAGUGGUAGCGACAUUGAUGUUAGCCGAUUGUUUAUCUAUUACAAUGCUCGUGUUAAAGAUGAAGAAUCCGAUGAAAAUAUAAACGAUUCAGGUUGUACGGUAACGAGUGCUAUCGAAGCACUAGAAGAAUUUGGUACUUGUCUCGAGUCUAUUUGGCCAUACUAUAAAAAACGUGUUAAUAAAUGUCCUAAUGAUGAAGCAUUUGAAGCAGCAGAAAACAAUAAAAUAGUCGAUGCAUUACAAAUUAAUAUAAAUUUACAUGAAAUGAAAUCAUGUCUUGCACAAGGCUUUCCAUUUGUAUUCGGCUUAGAAUUAUAUAAAUCAUUUGAUAAAGCAGAUGAGAAAGGCAUUGUACCAAUGCCGAAAUCAAGAGAAACAAAGCGAGGAUCGCAUGGGAGUCAUGCAAUGUUAGCUGUAGGUUACAAUGAUCGUGCAAAAUCGUUUACUGUUCGAAAUUCAUGGGGAGACGACUGGGGCCAUCAAGGAUAUUGUUAUAUUCCUUAUGAUUAUAUGACAGAUUCAGAUUUUUGUUUUGAUCCAUGGACUGUUCGUAAAUUGGAAACUGAUGACAUGGGUCAUGAACAUUGGGAUGAUGAAGAUGACGAUGAGGAUGAAGAUGAAGACGAUGAAGACGAAGAAGAAGAAGAAGAAGAAGAUGAUGAUGAUGAUUGUGACAUUGAACAGGAGGAUAACGAAGAUGAGGACGAGGACGAUGAAGAAGACGACGAAUAG